GCGCCGGACUGCCACAUAAUCCCCUGGAACGGCCGCGCCGAACGCCAUUGGCUUCUCCCCGCUCCGCGCGCCGCCGCCGCCGGCGUCUCCCACCUUCGCCUCGCCUCUCUCGGCCCGCCGCCUCCGGAGCCCCGGGGGGCAGGAGGCGAAGCCCCGCUGCCAUGGAGCCCGCCGCCGCGGCCCCGGCGCAGCGCCUCGCCGAUCCCGGCCGCGAGGACCGAGCUCCGGCUCCCGCGGCCGCUCCCGCAGCCUCGGCGGCGGCCCCCGGGGGCGCUCGGAGCCCGGAGCCCGCGCUCCCCGCUGCGGCCCCGAGCGGCGGGAACGGCGGCGGGGCGCGGGCAGAGGCCCCCGGAGAGGCGGCGCCGGGCCGGCCGGGGGGCCCCGGGCGCAGGAGGCGGCGCGGGACGCCCCAGCCCGCUGCCCCGCUCGCCGCGGCCGGCCACGGCGCCAACUCCCUGCUGCUGAGGAGAGGGCGGCUCAAGAGGAAUCUGUCCGCGGCCGCCGCCGCCUCGCCGUCCUCGUCGUCGUCCUCGUCGUCGUCUUCGGGCGCUGCCGUCGUCUCGCCCGGCCUCCCCGCCUCCUGCUCGGCCUCGGCGUCGCUGUGCACCCGGAGCCUGGAUAGGAAGACGCUGCUCCUCAAGCACCGGCAGAUGCUGCAGCUGCAGCCGUCGGACCGGGACUGGGUGAGGCAGCAGCUGCGGCGGGGCUGCGUGCACGUCUUCGACCGCCACAUGGCCUCCACCUACCUGCGCCCGGUGCUGUGCACGCUGGACACCACGGCCGGCGAGGUGGCCGCGCGCCUGCUGCAGCUCGGCCACAAAGGUGGCGGCGGCGUGCUGAAGGUACUGGGCCAGGGGUCCGGAGCUGCAGCCGGCCCGGAGCCGCAGCCCGCGGGGAACGCGCCGGGGGCCGUCGGGGGCCCUCCGCGCGCGCCUCCCACCGACCUGCCGUUGCCCGCCGGCGGCCCGGGCGGCUGGGCGCGGCGUUCUGCCCGCAACAGCCCGAUGCCCUCGGACUGCAGCGCCAGCGAGCCGAUCGCGGGGGGCCCCGGCUCGCCUCCGCCCGGCGGCCCGCGGCCCCUGGACGGCGCGGCCGCCACGCCGGCCUCCGACACCGAGAGCUUCAGCCUGAGCCCAAGCGGGGAGAGCGUGUCCGAUCGCCUGGACCCCUACAGCAGCGGCGGCGGCUCGUCCUCAUCCGAGGAGCUGGACGUCGACCCAGCCCCGACCCCGGCCCCGACGGGGGUCCCCGGCCAGCCCUGCGACCCCGCGCCGUCCAGGCCGGCCUCCCCGACUGCCUCAAGCCGGCGGCCGCAGAAGCAAACCCCGAGGGUCGUGGAUGUCGUGGGCGGCGUGGCCCCCGAGGAGGGAUCUCGAGGGGAGGAGCAGGCGGCGGCAGCUGAGACCCCGGGAGGACCCCCGGCGACCCCCGGGAGGAGCGAGGCGGCGGCGCCCGCGAAGCUGCCCCCGCCGCCCACUCUGUACGUGCAGCUCCACGGAGAGACCACCCGGCGCCUGGAGGCGGACGAGAGGCCAUUGCAGAUCCAAAAUGACUACCUCUUCCAGCUGGGGUUUGGAGAGCUAUGGAGGGUGCAGGAAGAGGGCAUGGACUCGGAGAUCGGCUGUCUCAUCCGCUUUUAUGUAGGAAAGCCUCACAGUACCAGUAGCUCUGAACGGAUUCAACUCUCAGGAAUGUAUAACGUCCGGAAAGGCAAAAUGCAGCUUCCGGUGAACCGGUGGACAAGACGCCAAGUUAUCCUGUGUGGGACCUGCUUGAUAGUGUCAUCUGUGAAAGACAGCCUAACCGGAAAGAUGCAUGUUCUUCCACUUAUAGGUGGAAAAGUUGAAGAAGUGAAAAAGCACCAGCACUGUUUAGCAUUUAGCUCCUCUGGACCCCAAAGCCAGACUUACUACAUCUGCUUUGAUACUUUUACAGAGUACUUACGGUGGCUGCGGCAAGUCUCCAAGGUUGCAUCCCAGCGCAUUAGCUCUGUGGACCUCUCGUGCUGUAGCUUAGAACACCUGCCUGCCAACCUCUUCUACAGCCAGGAUCUCACUCAUCUCAAUUUAAAACAAAACUUCCUAAGGCAAAACCCAGGUCUUCCAUCUACCAGGGGGCUCAGCGAACUACAAAGGUUCACCAAGUUGAAGAGUCUUAACCUUUCCAAUAAUCAUUUAGGAGACUUCCCAUUAGCAGUCUGCAGUAUUCCAAGCUUGGCCGAGCUGAAUGUGUCCUGCAAUGCCCUGCGAGCAGUCCCAGCAGCCGUCGGAGCUAUGCACAACUUGCAGACAUUUUUAUUGGAUGGAAACUUUCUCCAGUCCCUUCCUGCUGAAUUGGAAAACAUGCACCAGCUUAGUUAUCUUGGUCUCUCCUUCAAUGAGUUUACUGACAUUCCAGAGGUAUUGGAGAAGCUGGCUGCUGUGGAUAAACUGUGUAUGUCUGGAAACUGUCUGGAGACCCUGAGGCUACAGGCUUUAAGAAGAAUGCCUCACAUUAAGCAUGUGGAUCUCAGAUUGAACACAAUUCAGAAGAUAAUAGCAGAUGGAGUGGACUUUCUCCAGCAUAUUACUCAGCUUGACCUCCGGGACAAUAAGCUGCGUGAGCUAGAUGCCAUGAUUUUCAACAACAUUGAAGUUUUGCACUGUGAAAGGAAUCAGUUGGCGACAUUAAACGUUUGUGGCUAUUUCCUGAAAGCACUGUAUGCCUCUUCUAAUGAACUCGUGCAGCUUGAUGUUUACCCAGUACCAAAUUAUCUCUCCUACAUGGAUGUUUCAAGGAACCACUUAGAAAAUGUGCCUGAGUGGGUAUGUGAAAGCCGAAAGCUGGAAGUUUUGGAUAUUGGCCAUAAUCAAAUUUGUGAGCUUCCUGCCCGUUUGUUUUGUAACAGCAGUCUCCGGAAACUACUGGCAGGACACAACCAAUUGGCAAGGCUGCCUGAAAGACUUGAGAGAACCUCAGUGGAGGUCUUGGAUGUGCAGCAUAACCAGCUCCUGGAGUUGCCGCCGAACCUUCUGAUGAAGGCCGACAGCCUGAGAUUCCUGAAUGCAUCUGCCAACAAACUGGAAAGCCUUCCUCCAGCUACACUUUGUGAAGAGACAAACAGUAUCCUGCAAGAGUUGUACUUGACAAAUAACAACCUCACGGACAAAUGUGUGCCCUUGUUAACAGGGCACCCCCAUCUGAAGAUCCUUCACAUGGCCUAUAACAGACUCCAGAGUUUUCCAGCAAGUAAAAUGGCAAAACUGGAGGAACUUGAAGAAAUUGAUAUCAGUGGGAAUAAAUUGAAAGCAAUUCCAACAACUAUCCUGAACUGCCGGCGCAUGCACACUGUGAUUGCUCACUCCAAUUGCAUCGAAGUCUUCCCUGAAGUCAUGCAGCUUCCAGAAGUCAAGUGCGUGGACCUGAGCUGUAAUGAACUCAGUGAAGUGACUUUACCAGAAAACCUGCCUCCCAAGCUGCAAGAACUGGACCUGACCGGAAACCCGCGCCUUGUCCUGGACCACAAGACCCUGGAGCUGCUGAAUAACAUCCGCUGUUUCAAGAUUGACCAACCUUCGGCAGGAGAUGCAUCUGGAGCCCCAGCCGUGUGGAGUCAUGGCUACACUGAAGCAUCGGGGGUGAAAAACAAGUUGUGUGUGGCAGCCCUGUCGGUGAAUAACUUCUGCGACAACCGGGAGGCCCUGUAUGGUGUGUUCGAUGGAGACCGGAAUGUGGAGGUGCCCUACCUUCUCCAGUGUACCAUGAGUGACAUUUUGGCUGAAGAGCUGCAGAAAACAAAAAAUGAAGAAGAAUACAUGGUCAAUACAUUCAUUGUUAUGCAGAGGAAACUUGGAACUGCCGGGCAGAAGCUUGGAGGGUCUGCUGUCCUCUGCCACAUCAAGCAUGACCCUGUGGACCCAGGAGGCUCCUUCACCUUGACCUCUGCCAAUGUGGGCAAGUGCCAAACUGUGCUCUGUCGCAACGGGAAGCCGCUGCCGCUGUCUGCAUCGUAUGUCAUGAGCUGUGAAGAAGAGCUGAAGAGGAUUAAACAGCACAAGGCCAUUGUCACUGAGGAUGGCAAGGUGAACGGCGUGACUGAGUCCACACGCAUCUUGGGCUACACCUUCCUGCACCCCAGCGUGGUGCCCCGGCCCCAUGUGCAGUCCGUGCUCCUGACGCCCCAGGACGAGUUCUUCAUCCUGGGCAGCAAGGGCUUGUGGGACAGCCUGUCCAUUCAGGAAGCUGUGGAGGCCGUGCGCAAUGUGCCUGAUGCCCUAGCUGCUGCCAAGAAACUGUGCACGUUGGCCCAGAGCUACGGCUGCCACGACAGCAUCAGUGCCGUGGUAGUGCAGCUCAGCGUCGCCGAGGACAGCUUCUGCUGCUGCGAGCUCGGUGCCAGUGGGAGCGUGCCGCCACCCAGCCCUGGCAUCUUCGCGCCCUCUGUUACCAUGGUCAUCAAGGACCGGCCCUCUGAUGGGCUUGGCGUGCCUUCUUCAAGCAGCGGCAUGGCGUCCGAGAUAAGCAGCGAGCUCUCCACCUCUGAGAUGAGCAGCGAGGUGGGGUCCACGGCCUCCGACGAGCCCCCUAGCGGGGCCCUGAGCGAGAGCAGCCCCGCCUGCCCCGGCGAGCAGCGCUGCAUGCUGCACCCCGUGUGUCUGUCCAACUCCUUCCAGCGGCAGCUGUCCAGCGCCACAUUCUCCAGCGCCUUCUCGGACAACGGCCUGGACAGCGACGAUGAAGAGCCCAUCGAGGGCGUCUUCACCAACGGCAGCCGCGUGGAGGUGGAGGUGGACAUCCACUGCAGCCGGGCCAAGGAGAAGGAGAAGCAGCUGCUGCAGGGGCCGGCCGAGGCCAGCGAUGAAGGUAUCGUCAUCAGCGCCAACGAGGACGAGCCGGGCCUGCCCAGGAAGGCAGACUUCUCCGCUGUGGGGACCAUGGGGCGCCGGCGGGCAAAUGGCUCCGUGGCGCCCCAGGAGAGGAGCCACAACGUGAUCGAGGUGGCCACGGAUGCUCCGCUGAGGAAGCCUGGAGGGUAUUUUGCUGCCCCAGCUCAGCCGGAUCCUGACGAUCAGUUCAUCAUUCCUCCAGAGCUGGAAGAGGAAGUCAAAGAAAUCAUGAAGCAUCACCAGGAGCAGCAGCAGCAGCAGCAGCAGCCCCCGGUGCCCCCGCUGCAGCCGCCGCUGCCACGGCCGUUCCCGGUGGACCAGCUGCCAGACUAUUACGAUACACCACUAUGACCCGCUCUGAGUACUAUUUAAACAAUAAACUAACCAAGCAAGGCCAAGUGGCAGAGUCUCCCAGGCUCACAUUAAACCAGGGGUUCAACUCCACAUCCUUCUCCCACACACUGUUCCCGGCUGUCUGCAGCUAAUCUGUAGAUUCUCCUAUUUUUUUUAAUAACCACUUUUCUUUUAGUGAUGCUUUAUGAAUAUGAUUUAAAUUUGUUAAUUUCUUCUAACAUAUCAGAUGUGUAAAGACAGAACAAAAGGUUUAAUAUAUUACAGAGAGACAAUUAAUGAUAAUGUAAUAUUUUUUAAAAUGGCUUUUGGUUUUGUUUGUGUGGCAAGGCAGGGCAGGUUGCCGUUGCUGAAUGACUUAAUAAUAUUGUAAUUCUGUAUUUCUUUCGGGGGGGAGGCUUUUUUUCUUUUGUCUUGAAAAUGAUAGACAUUUGUAGAAUAUGGAGACUAACUCUUAGGAGUUGCUGUACCCUGUCAGGUGACCCAAGUCACUGAGACCCGCUCAUUUUCUCUGAGAGAACAGUUGAUUGAGAAAUUUCUAUUGUAAAUAGUUGAGUGUUGUAUAGCAAUGCUUCCGAUGUUUUGUAGUCUUGGCAUAAGGAUACAGCCCUAAUAACUGACUCUCCUCGUCUACGCCGUCCCUGGGGUCUCGCGGACCCCUGCAGCACGCACACCUUCGGGGCGUCCAGGGAGGAGGCCGAGCACAGGCAGCGGGGAGGCGGAUCUGGGCCGCUGGACGGGAGCCUGCCCCCCGAGGCCCCGGGCCUGCGUCCUUCCCCCUGCCCGGACACGGUCUGUGUUCCUUGCUGCCGCGCUCAGCAUGCCUGUAUAGAGCUCCCACAGACCAUGGAAAUACCCAGAGUUCUAUUAAAGCAGAAUGCACAACGGACAUGUCAUAAUUUUUG